GUUAUCGAUAAAUAAAUGCAGUGUGCUUUUCAGCUAUCUGGAUAUAAAGAUAAGUGACAGUCAGUAAUGAUGAGAGAGCAACGCGUGUUAUCGAUAAGCCAAGAAAAAUCGAUAACGUAACAAUGAGCGAGUAGCAGCAACAGACAAAUCGAACAGCAACAAAAAAGUGGAGCGCGUGUUAUCGAUAAACUAUAAUGACCGAUUACGUGCCGCCGUUAAUCAGCAGCGUGCUGAAAAAAUACCAAACGAGUGCCACAAAAAGUCUGCAAGGACCCGCCGUGGCCCUAAUCAAAAAGGAAAUACCCAGCUCACCGGAACCCCACGAGCUGCAUCAUCAUCUUCACCAUCAUCAUCACCUGCACCAACACCACCACUCGCAUGAUGCAGCCACAGCAGCAGCAACGGCAGCUGCCACUGCUGCAACUGCCACAAACGGUGACCGUUCGCCCACACAAUACGGCGCACCCCUGCCACCGGAACUAUCGCAACCGAUACUAUCGCCACCGGAUUCGGGUUGCGGGGACCUCUACGAGACACGGUUGGAGGGCAAAACAAUUGGCUGUUUCUCGCUGGGGGGCGAGAUGCGUUUGUGUUUGCCACAAUUUUUGAAUAAUGUGCUAAAUGAUUUUACGCUCGAACAAAUCAAUCGCAUCUUUGAUGAUCUGGGCAUUUAUUGUUCGCAGUGUACGCCCGAUCAGCUGGUCGAGUUCAAGGCCGCCAAAAUAUUGCCAUCGGAUGUGAAGGCGAGCGGUCUGAUAACACGCACCGAUGCGGAACGCUUGUGUGCCGCAUUGUUGCAUCGCUCCGAUCGGAACAGUUAUGUGCCUGUGGAGAGUCUGGCAAAGGGUGCACUCAGUUUUCAGGUGUAUCACAAAUGCUUUGGCAAAUGUGAGGGCAUCUGUACGCCGGACAUGUAUUCGUAUCAGAAACCGACGUGUAUUCAGUGUCUGGAGUGCGAUGGCUGGUUCUCGCCACAGAAAUUUGUGGGGCAUGUGCAUCGCAAGUUCGAGAAUCGCACCUGUCAUUGGGGCUUCGAUUCGCGCAAUUGGCACGAUUAUCUUCAUGUGGCGCUCGACGUGGAGAAUCGGGAGAAAUAUCAACGCAUCUUGGAUCAGCUUAAGGAGGUCGAACUCAAGGAGAUGCACAAGGCACAGUGCGAACUGGAUCACAAGAAGCGAAAGCAGGCUGAAAUGAUGAUGGAGGAUGCGUUGCUGGUGCCGCUGGGCUUGGUGGCGCCACCAUCGUCGCAACAGGCCGUGCCACCGCCAUCGCAUCAGACGCUGCCCGCCAGCCUCAAGCAUCAUCCGCAUCCGCAUCCGCCGCAUCCACAUCCCCCACAUCCACAUGGCCACAGCCAUGCCCAUCUGCAUGCACAUCGCGCUGCCGUCGACCUGUUGGACAUUCCAAGCAAGAAGCACAAGGCGCCCCAAGGAACAGGAGCAGGCGUGGGUGUAGCUGGAGCAGGAGUAACCGGAGCAGGAGCAGUAACAGUUGCCGGUUCGGCAGCAGCAGCAGCAGCAGUUGCAGCAGUUGGCAACUAUCAUGCACUCGAUUUGCAACAACAACACUACAUCAUGUACGCCCGUUGCAUGCAACAGCAGCAGCAGCAGCACCUGCAACAGCACCGCGAAAGGGAGCGCGAAAGGGAGCGGGAAAGGGAGCGGGAGCAACAGGAGCGAGUCGUUGUCGGCCAACAUGCGUUGGCGAGCAGCGCCUUCCAGCCAUGGCGUGCAGCCAAAGGGCCACCAGCAGCUGCCUAUCUGCAUGCCUACAAUGCACUCUCCUCGCUGCCGUAUGCGUGCCAGGAGCCGCCGGAGCUGCAGAAUCCAGAGCGGGUGGUGCGCAGCACAGAUCGGGAACGCUUCGAGCGCACCUAUCAGCCCAAUGUGGCGCUGGCGCCCCGCAAAAGCAUUCUCAGCAAGGAACGCGAGCGAAUGCGAGAGCGAGACAGAGAUCGGGAGAGGGAGCGGGAACGGGAUCGGGAUCAGGAGCAGCAGCGUGAGCUGCAGCUGCACAUAAAACAGGAGCGGGCAGCAACGCCUCUAACGGAGCCCUCGAAUGGCAGCAACAGCAGCAACCACAGCAGCAGCAGCAGCAAUCACAGCAAUCAUAGCAAUAGCUCCAACAGCAGCUCACCCAUGCCCAAAGUGGCAACACCAGCAGCUGGUGCAGCAACAGCUGCUGUUGUAGCAGCACCACUACCACUACCAACACCACCAGCGCCCCACCCAAUAGCAGCAGCAGCAGCAGCCGCCGAGGAGUUCUCUGCGGGCAGCAGCAAUGAAAUCACCUCAAGUACAUCGCCCGUACCAGCAACAGUUGCUGUUGCCGCCAUUGCACCCAUUGUUGCUGCAGCAACAGCAACAGCAGCAGCAGCAACAUCGCCCAACAAGCACAUCAUUGCCACCGUCAAUCAGCAUGCGAAGUUGCUGUUGCACAGCAACAAUGAACCAAGUCGCAUACGCAUCAACAAGAACUUGAUGAUGACGCAGCCGGCAAUAGCAGUUCCGCUGCCAGCAGCAGCAGCAGCCGUAGCAACAGUUGCUGCUGCAGUGCAUCAUUAUAAGAGGCCACACUCACCCUCGGCGGGCUAUUCGCCCACGCAGUCUUCCAGCGCCGGUUUGAACCUCAGCACGCACUCCUCCAAUGUGGUCAGCUCACCCAAACAGCACCAGCAGCAGCAACAGCAUUCGCAACUGUUGCAGCUGCAGCAGCAACAGCAGCUGAAACUGCAACAUCAGCAGCAACAGUUGCCCAUAAAUGGUUGUAAAACGCAUUUGGGCAGCGAAUUUGAGCUCUCCACGGAUACGGACGAUGAUAGUCUAAAUGGUGAGCCCGACAGCAGCGCCAUGUUGCCACCGUGGGAGCUGGCAGUGGAGGCGUUGCGGGACACACGACCCAAGGAUCGGGAGCGUGUGCUGCAACUGCUGCAGCGUCUGCUCCAGGAGAAUCAACAACUGCGCUACAACAAUUUGCAGUUGAGUGAACUGUUCCACAAGCAGGAGGCGCACAUUGUUGAGCUGGGCGAGCAACUGCAGCGUUGCCGGCGACAACUCGAGCUGCGAGCGAAGCAACCAUUGCUGGUGGAGCAAGUGGAGCGAGUGGAACGAGUGGAUGAGCUCGAUGAGGAGGGGGAGGAACCGGAGCACGAGGAGGAGGAGGAUGAUGAGUUGGAGCACGAGCGGCAGCAGCAACUGUUGCUGGGUGACAGUAAUGAGGCCAACAACAACAACAAUAAC